AUGGCUUCUGUAUUGCCAGAAACUGAUACAUUGCCUUGGUCCAACCGCAAGCGACUUGUCGUCUGCUGCGACGGUACCUGGGCAAACGCAACAGGAGAUACAUUUCAGCCACCUACAAAUGUGACUCGCAUAAGUCGGGCCAUCAGUCGUGACGGGUAUACUGAGGAAAAUGGCCAGAAAAAACGUAUAUCGCAGAUAGUGUAUUAUCAGAGGGGUGUUGGAACCGGUCUUAUAGGCGAUAAAUUAGGUGGCGGGGCUAUUGGCCUGGGCCUCAGUUCAAACGUCCGGGCAGCAUAUGCCUUUCUUGCUGAUAACUUCGAUGACGGUGACGAGAUAUUCUUCUUCGGAUUCUCUCGAGGGGCUUACACCGCACGGGCUGUUGCUGGCCUCGUCACUAGCCUUGGUUUACUUACCUCCCGUGGAAUGGACAAUUUUCCGACUGUUUACAACGACUACUACAUGGUGAAGCAGGGAGGCACUUCCGCUGACAGAGAGAGAUACCAAGAUGCAGACUGGCGUCGUCGUAUUGGUUUUCGAGAAAAGCCAUUGGAACAGUUUACGGUCAAGAUUAUCGGGGUCUGGGACACCGUUGGAUUCCAUGAUAGCUGGCUGAGCCGGUGCGUAGGGGAGAAAUUUGAACUGCCAAACACUAUCCUGUCGCCGGAUGUCCAACAUGCAUUCCAGGCUCUAUCGCUCGAUGAAUCAAGGAACACCUAUGAGCCUGUCCUAUGGUAUGUUCCGAAACAGAACGUCGGGCAAGAGCUUCGUCAGGUGUGGUUCUCAGGUUACCAUACAGACGUGGGUGGUGGAGCUCCAGACCCUAGGCUAGCGGACAUUGCACUAGCGUGGAUGGUCUCUCAAUGCACGAAAGACGGCCAACUGUCCAUCAAUCUCGACUAUUUUCAUGAUGGGUUUUCGCAACAAGUCAACCCAGAGAGCCCGACACCCUGGGCCACAAGCCUUGGUGAUGCUAAUCCUGUUAAGUGGCGUUUCUCGACGUUCUUGGAAUCUUUUAAGGGUCGUUCAGCGCGAAAACCGCUCGGAUACACAGCUCUCGGGCAUGAAAGCAUCACCAACGAAAGUAUUCAUGAAUCGGUCAAGGCACGUAACCUCCAGGCAUCUGAUAGGCCAGCGUAUUGGCCUUCUCAUGUCUUGGAGAAGUCGGAUGGUUCUGGGUGGAUUUUGAAGAAUAGUCAUCGCAAGAUCCCCGAAUUCGAAGCGUCUCGACUAGAGAAACAAUUGAAAGGGCUGAUUAGGAAGGUGCAUCCAGACACUAUCGAUUGA